CGCGAUGCGCGCCAAGUUGCGGACCAGGGACGCGGGGCUGGCGCCCUAGGAGGCGGCGGCGGGAGGAUCGCGCCCCGGCUGGAGGCCGGGCCUGCUGCGCGCCCCCAGCCCGAUCGGCACCGCCACUUGCCUGAGCGCCCGGGCAGCCCGAGCGCGCCCCGUGCUCGGGCGCCGCCGCCUCCACCUCCGUGAGGUCCCCCAGAGUCUUUGAGGACACAGCGUUGCUGGUGGCUGUUUCUGGUGCCUGGGACAGGGUGGCCCUCGAGCAGAUGACGAAGACUGGCUUUUAAUCCUUGGAGACCAUUGAGAGGGAGCUUACAGGGGCCCACGAGCCCCCCUGGACGACCACCACCAUGUCGGGGUCCACGCAGCCCGUGGCACAGACGUGGAGGGCCACCGAGCCCCGUUACCCGCCCCACGGCGUUUCCUACCCUGUGCAGAUCGCCCGGCCACACACGGACGUCGGGCUGCUUGAGUACCAGCACCACCCCCGUGACUACACCUCACACCUGUCGCCUGGCUCCAUCAUCCAGCCCCAGCGGAGGAGGCCCUCCCUGCUGUCUGAAUUUCAGCCUGGGAAUGAAAGGUCCCAGGAGCUUCACCUGCGACCCGAGUCGCACUCAUACCUGCCUGAGCUGGGCAAGUCGGAGAUGGAAUUCCUGGAGAGCAAGCGCCCCCGCCUGGAGCUGCUGCCUGACCCCCUGCUGCGGCCCUCCCCCCUGUUGGCCACUGGCCAGCCCGGGGGCUCCGAGGACCUGUCCAAGGACCGCAGCCUGACAGGCAAGCUGGAGCCGGUGUCUCCUCCCAGCCCCCCACACGCUGACCCUGAGUUGGAGCUGGUACCUCCACGGCUCUCCAAGGAGGAGCUGAUCCAGAAUAUGGAUCGGGUGGACCGCGAGAUCACCAUGGUGGAGCAGCAGAUCUCCAAGCUGAAGAAGAAGCAGCAACAGCUGGAGGAGGAGGCCGCCAAGCCACCGGAGCCUGAGAAGCCCGUGUCGCCACCACCCAUCGAGUCGAAGCAUCGCAGUCUGGUGCAGAUCAUCUACGACGAGAACCGGAAGAAGGCCGAGGCUGCACAUCGGAUUCUGGAAGGCCUGGGGCCCCAGGUGGAGCUGCCAUUGUACAACCAGCCCUCCGACACCAGGCAGUAUCAUGAGAACAUCAAAAUAAACCAGGCGAUGCGGAAAAAGUUAAUCUUGUACUUCAAGAGGAGGAAUCACGCCCGGAAACAAUGGGAGCAGAAGUUCUGCCAGCGCUAUGACCAGCUCAUGGAGGCCUGGGAGAAGAAGGUGGAGCGCAUUGAGAACAACCCCCGGCGGCGGGCCAAGGAGAGCAAGGUGCGCGAGUACUACGAGAAGCAGUUCCCUGAGAUCCGCAAGCAGCGGGAGCUGCAGGAGCGCAUGCAGAGCAGGGUGGGCCAGCGGGGCAGCGGGCUCUCCAUGUCAGCCGCCCGCAGUGAGCACGAGGUGUCCGAGAUCAUCGAUGGCCUCUCGGAGCAGGAGAACCUGGAGAAGCAGAUGCGCCAGCUGGCCGUGAUUCCACCGAUGCUGUACGACGCCGACCAGCAGCGAAUCAAGUUCAUCAACAUGAACGGGCUCAUGGACGACCCCAUGAAGGUGUACAAAGACCGUCAGGUCAUGAACAUGUGGAGCGAGCAGGAGAAGGAGACCUUCCGGGAGAAAUUCAUGCAGCACCCCAAGAACUUCGGCCUGAUCGCAUCUUUCCUGGAGCGGAAGACGGUGGCUGAGUGUGUCCUCUAUUACUACCUGACCAAGAAGAAUGAGAACUACAAGAGCCUGGUGAGGCGCAGCUACCGGCGCCGCGGCAAGGGCCAGCAGCAGCAGCAGCAGCAGCAGCAGCAGCAGCAGCAGCAGCAGCAGCAGCAGCAGCAGAUGCCCCGCAGCGGCCAGGAGGAGAAAGAGGACAAGGACAAGGAGAAGGAGGCCGAGAAGGAGGAGGAGAAGCCGGACGUGGAGGAUGGCAAGGAAGAGCUGAUCAAGGAGAAGACGGAUGACACCUCUGGGGAAGACAACGAUGAGAAGGAGGCAGUGGCCUCCAAAGGCCGCAAAACCGCCAACAGCCAGGGAAGACGCAAAGGCCGCAUCACCCGCUCAAUGGCCAACGAGGCCAACAGUGAGGAGGCCAUCACCCCGCAACAGAGCGCCGAGCUGGCUUCCAUGGAGAUGAACGAGAGCUCUCGCUGGACCGAAGAAGAGAUGGAAACAGCCAAGAAAGGCCUCCUGGAACACGGCCGGAACUGGUCGGCCAUCGCCCGGAUGGUGGGCUCCAAGACGGUGUCCCAGUGUAAGAACUUCUACUUCAACUACAAGAAGAGGCAGAACCUGGAUGAGAUCCUGCAGCAGCACAAGCUGAAGAUGGAGAAGGAGAGGAACGCACGGAGGAAGAAGAAGAAAGCGCCGGCUGCUGCCAGUGAGGAGGCUGCCUUCCCACCCGUGGUGGAAGAUGAGGAGAUGGAGGUGUCAGGCGUGAGCGGGAACGAAGAGGAGAUGGCGGAGGAGGCAGAAGCCUUACACGCCUCUGGGAACGAGGUACCCAGAGGGGAAUGCAGUGGCCCAGCCACUGUCAACAACAGCUCCGACACCGAGAGUAUCCCGUCGCCCCGCACCGAGGCCGCCAAGGACACCGCGCAGAGCGGGCCCAAGCCCCCGCCCACCCCGGGCGCCGAUGCGCCACCUCCUGAGCCCCCCAGCCCGCCUCCUGAGGAUGCCCCGGCCCCCAGCGAGCCCGCCCCGGCCCCCGAAGCCGCCUGCCCACCCACGUCCCCACCGGCACCCGCCUCGCCUGCCGCGGCCCCUGCUGUGGUCCCCAAGGAGGAGAAGGAGGAAGAGGCCGCAGCCGCCCCCUCGGCCGAAGAGGGGGAGGAGCAGAAGCCCCCUGCGGCCCAAGAGCCGGCAGCCGACGUGGGCAAGACCGAGGAGCCCGGCGAGGCGCCCCCCUCGGAGCCCGUCAAGAGCGAGUGCAAGGAGGAGGCCGCCGAGGAGGGGCCCGACAAGGUCAAGGGGGGCGCGGAGGCCGCAGCCGAGGCCACACCCGAGGGGGCGCCCAAGGUGGAGAAGAAGGAGGGCGGCGGCCCUGGGGGCAAAGGCCCCGCGGCCAAGGGCUCGGGCGCCCCCCAGGACAGCGACUCCAGCGCCACCUGCAGUGCGGACGAGGUCGAUGAGCCCGAGGGCGGCGACAAGAACAGGCUCCUGUCGCCACGGCCUAGCCUCCUCACCGCGACCAGCGACGCCAGGACCAACGCCUCGCCCCAGAAGCCGUUGGACCUGAAGCAGCUGAAGCAGCGUGCGGCCGCCAUCCCCCCGAUUCAGGUCACCAAAGCCCACGAGCCCACCCGGGAGGACGCGGCGCCCCCUGUUCCUCCGCCACCGCAGCACGUGCAACCGGAGAGCGACAGCCCCCAGCAGCCCAGCAGCAGCCCUCGAGGCAAAAGCAGGAGCCCUGUGCCUCCUGCUGAGAAGGAGGCAGAGAACCCCGUAUUCUUCCCGGCCUUUGCGGCUGAGGGCCAGAAGCUGCCCACGGAUCCCUCGUGUUGGACGUCAGGCCUGCCCUUUCCUGUGCCCCCUCGCGAGGUGAUCAAGGCCUCUCCGCACGCCCCUGACCCCUUGGCCUUCUCCUACGCCCCGCCUGAUACGUGCCCUGCAGGUCACCCGCUGCCCCUGGGCCUCCAUGACAGCGCCCGGCCCGUCCUACCACGCCCACCCACCAUCUCCAACCCGCCGCCCCUCAUCUCCUCCACCAAGCACCCCAGCGUCCUUGAGAGGCAAAUGGGUGCCAUCUCCCAGGGCAUGUCUGUGCAGCUCCACGUCCCGUACUCAGAGCAUGCCAAGGCCCCCGUGGGCCCCAUCACCAUGGGGCUGCCUCUUACCAUGGACCCCAAGAAGCUGGCGCCCUUCAGCGGAGUGAAGCAGGAACAGCUGUCCCCACGGGGCCAGGCUGGGCCACCGGAGAGCCUGGGGGUGCCUGCGGCUCAGGAGACGUCCGUGCUGAGAGGGACGUCUCUGGGCUCGGUUCCAGGAGGAAGCAUCACCAAGGGCAUCCCCAGCACGCGGGUGCCUUCCGAGAGCCCCAUCACGUACCGCGGCUCCAUCACCCAUGGCACUCCAGCCGACGUCCUGUACAAGGGCACCAUCACCAGGAUCAUCGGUGAGGACAGCCCAAGCCGCCUGGACCGCAGCCGGGAGGACGGGCUGCCCAAGGGCCACGUCAUCUACGAGGGCAAGAAGGGCCACGUGCUGUCCUACGAGGGUGGCACGUCCAUGUCCCAGUGCUCCAAGGAGGACGGCAGGAGCAGCUCAGGACCUCCCCACGAGACGGCCGCCCCCAAGCGCACCUAUGACGUGAUGGAGGGCCGCGUCAGCAGGGCUAUCUCCUCAGCCAGCAUCGAAGGUCUCAUGGGCCGCGCCAUCCCGCCUGAGCGACACAGCCCCCACCAUCUCAAAGAGCAGCACCACAUCCGAGGCUCCAUCACGCAAGGGAUCCCACGAUCCUACGUGGAGGCCCAGGAAGACUACCAGCGUCGGGAGGCCAAGCUCCUGAAGCGUGAGGGCACGCCGCCCCCGCCCCCCCCGCCCCCACGGGACCUGGCCGAGGCCUACAAGGCCCGGCCCUUGGAGGCCCUGGGCCCCCUGAAGCUGAAGCCGGCCCACGAGGGCCUGGUGGCGACAGUGAAGGAGGCCGGCCGCUCCAUCCACGAGAUCCCGCGGGAGGAGAUGCGGCGCACGCCUGAACUGCCCCUGGCACCGCGGCCGCUCAAGGAGGGCUCCAUCACGCAGGGCACCCCACUCAAGUAUGAUACCAGCACGUCCUCCACCGGCUCCAAAAAGCACGACGUGCGCUCCAUCAUCGGCAGCCCCGGCCGGACGUUCCCGGCGGUGCACCCGUUGGACGUGAUGGCCGACACCCGGGCCCUGGAGCGCGCCUGCUACGAGGAGAGUCUGAAGAGCCGGCCGGGCACUGUCAGCAGCUCGGGGGGCUCCAUCACCCGGGGGGCCCCGGUCAUCGUGCCUGAGCUGGGCAAGCCACGGCAGAGCCCCCUGACCUACGAGGACCACGCGGCGCCCUUCGCCAGCCACCUACCCCGCGGAUCACCAGUGACCACACGGGAGCCAACCCCGCGCCUGCAGGAGGGCAGCCUCUCGUCCAGCAAGACACCCCAGGAUCGAAAGCUGACGUCCACGCCCCGUGAGAUUGCCAAGUCCCCACACAGCACCGUGCCUGAGCAUCACCCCCACCCCAUGUCGCCCUACGAGCACCUGCUCCGGGGCGUGAGUGGCGUGGACCUGUACCGCGGCCACAUCCCGCUGGCCUUUGACCCCACCUCCAUACCCCGUGGGAUCCCUCUGGAUGCAGCCGCUGCCUAUUACCUGCCCCGGCACCUGGCCCCCAACCCCACCUACCCACACUUGUACCCGCCUUACCUCAUCCGCGGCUACCCCGACACGGCGGCACUGGAGAACCGCCAGACAAUCAUCAACGACUACAUCACCUCGCAGCAGAUGCACCACAACGCGGCCACCGCCAUGGCCCAGCGAGCUGACAUGCUGAGGGGCCUGUCGCCCCGCGAGUCCUCGCUGGCGCUCAACUACGCCGCCGGCCCGCGAGGCAUCAUCGACCUGUCCCAAGUGCCACACCUGCCUGUGCUGGUGCCCCCGACACCAGGCACUCCAGCCACCGCCAUGGACCGCCUAGCCUACCUCCCCACGGCCCCACAGCACUUCAGCAGCCGGCUCAGCAGCUCCCCGCUCUCCCCAGGAGGCCCCACUCACUUGACAAAACCCGCAGCCACGUCCUCGUCCGAGAGGGAGCGGGAACGGGAGAAGUCCAUCCUCGCGUCCAGCACCACGGUGGAGCACGCGCCCAUCUGGAGGCCCGGUACGGAGCAGAGUGGCGGCGGCGGCGGCGGGGGUGGGAGCAGCGGCAGCCGCCCCGCCUCCCACUCCCACCAGCACUCGCCCAUCUCACCCCGGACCCAGGACGCCAUCCAGCAGAGGCCCAGCGUGCUGCACAACACGGGCAUGAAGAGCAUCAUCACCUCCGUGGAGCCCAGCACGCCCACGGUCCUGAGGUGGGCAAGGUCCACCUCCACCUCCUCGCCUGUCCGCCCGGCCGCCACAUUCCCACCUGCCACCCACUGCCCGCUGGGUGGCACCCUCGACGGGGUCUACCCCACCCUCCUGGAGCCUGUCUUGCUGCCUAAGGAGGCCCCGCGGGUCACCCGGCCCGAGCGGCCCCGAGCGGACGCCGGCCACACCUUCCUCGCCAAGCCCCCAGCCCGUGCAGGGCUGGAGCCCGCAUCCUCCCCCGGCAAGGGCUCCGAGCCCCGGCCCCUGGCGCCGCCUGGCUCCGGCCACGCAGCCAUCACCCGCGCCCCGGCGAAGGGCCUCACGCCCCACCACGCCAGCCCGGACCAGCCAGCGCCGCCCGCCUCGGCCUCGGACCUGCACCGGGAAAAGACUCAAAGUAAACCCUUUUCCAUCCAGGAAUUGGAACUCCGUUCUCUGGGUAAGACCACCCUGACAGCGGCCACCUUCAUAGACGCGAUAAUCAUGCGUCAAAUUGCUCACGAUAAAGGGCCGCGAGAAGGAGGUUCGCUGGCCAACGACUCCCCUCGCGAUGGUUACCACGGCGGCGGCUACAGCCCUGAUGGGGUGGAGCCCGUCAGCCCCGUGAGCUCACCCAGCCUGACCCAUGACAAGGGGCUCCCCAAGCACCUGGAGGAACUCGACAAGAGCCACCUGGAAGGGGACCUGCGGCACAAGCAGCCAGGCCCGGGGAAGCUCAGCGGCGAGGCUGCACACCUCCCACACCUGCGGCCGCUGCCCGAGAGCCAGCCCUCGUCCAGCCCGCUGCUGCAGACCACCCCCGGCGUCAAAGGUCACCAGCGGGUGGUCACGCUGGCACAGCACAUCAGUGAGGUCAUCACGCAGGACUACACGCGACACCACCCGCAGCAGCUCAGCGCGCCCCUCCCGGCCCCCCUUUACUCCUUCCCUGGAGCCAGCUGCCCCAUCCUGGACCUUCGCCGCCCACCCAGCGACCUCUACCUCCCAGCCCCGGACCAUGGCGCCCCGGCCCGUGGCUCACCCCACAGUGAAGGGGGCAAGAGGUCUCCAGAGCCAAGCAAGACGUCAGCCUUGGGCAGCAGUGAGGAUGGUAUAGAACCUGUGUCCCCGCCGGAGGGCAUGGCAGAGCCCGGGCAUCCCCGGAGCACCGUGUACCCGCUGCUGUACCGGCACGGGGAGCAGGUGGAGCCCAGCAGGAUGGGCUCCAAAUCCCCAGGCAACACCAGCCAGCCGCCGGCCUUCUUCAGCAAGCUGACCGAGAGCAACUCGGCCAUGGUCAAAUCUAAGAAACAGGAGAUCAACAAGAAGCUCAACACCCACAACCGGAACGAGCCAGAAUACAAUAUUGGCCAGCCCGGGACGGAGAUUUUCAACAUGCCCGCCAUCACCGGAGCAGGCCUCAUGACCUGCAGAAGCCAGGCGGUGCAGGAGCAUGCCAGCACCAACAUGGGGCUGGAGGCCAUUAUUAGAAAGGCGCUCAUGGGUGGUGGCGGGAAGGCCAAAGUCUCUGGCAGACCCAGCAGCCGAAAAGCCAAGUCCCCGGCCCCAGGCCUGGCGUCUGGGGACCGGCCACCCUCUGUCUCCUCAGUGCAUUCGGAGGGAGACUGCAACCGCCGGACCCCACUCACCAACCGCGUGUGGGAGGACCGGCCCUCGUCCGCAGGGUCCACACCGUUUCCCUACAACCCCCUGAUCAUGCGGCUGCAGGCGGGGGUCAUGGCCUCCCCGCCCCCGCCUGGCCUCCCCGCGGGCAGCGGGCCCCUGGCCGGCCCCCAUCACGCCUGGGACGAGGAGCCCAAGCCGCUGCUCUGCUCGCAGUACGAGACGCUCUCCGACAGCGAGUGAGGCUCAGAACGGGGUGGGCCGGCGAGCGGCCGGAGCAGCGGGACGAGGAGCGGGCGGCUGCCGACUCCCCCCACCGAGGAAGGAGCCCCUGAGUCUGCCUGUGCGCCCGUCUGUCCGUCCGUCCGUCCAGAGCCGGCAUCCUUGCCUGUCUAAAGCCUUAACUACGACUCCCGCCCCGGCUGGCCCUGUGCAGUGACCUUACUCAGGGGAUGUUUACCUGGUGCUCGGGAGGGGAGGGGCCGGGGAGGGGGCACGGCAGGCGUGUGGCGGCCACACGCGCACAGCCGGGGCGGCCAGGGACCCAAAGCAGGACGACCACGCACCUCCCACGCCACUGCCUCCCCACCUAACGCAUUUGGAACCAAAGUCUAAACUAAGCUGGCAGCCCCCGCACCCGCCCUCCGUCCCCACCCCGCUUAGCACUCUGGACAGACGGACACAGGCCCUGUCCAGGCCCCAGCGCUCUUGUCCCAGUCCCCACGGGCUGCCCCAGCCAACGAGACCGCUGGAAACCAAGUCAGGCCAGAUGGGCGGGCGACAGGGCCGGGUGCGGCCUGGGGUGAGCGGCUGCUCCGAGGAACUGGACUGUUUUUUUCAUACAUCGUUGCCGCAGCGGUGGGAAGGAAAGGCAGGUGUAAAUGAUAUAUUGGUUUACAGGGUAUAUUUUUGAUACCUUCAAUGAAUUAAUUCAGAUGUUUUAAGCAAGGAAGGACUUACCCAGUAUUAUUGCUGCUGUGCUUUCGAUCUCUGCUUACCGUUCAAGAGGCGUGCGCAGGCCAACAGUCGGCGACCCCAUAGUCCGCAGGACCGAGGUGGGGCAGGGGCUGCCAGCUCUCGAGCCCCCCUGCGUCCUCCCUCCCUCCUCUCCUUGGGCAGAAUGAAUUUGAAGGGGAUUCUGUGACCGCCAUCUGCGCACGGCGGUGGCGUCCUGUCAUUUACACACGUUCUUCUCAUUAAAAAGCGAAUUAUACUCGA